CUGGGAGAGCACAGGACGAACUGCCCUCCGGAGCUUUGUUGAUAUUGGCAGUUCAGACCUUUCGCAGUAGGUUAUGGCAAAAGCUUUCAGAAAGACAAGAAGAAGAAGACGAGAGGACCACACGAAUCACUUGAAAGAAACUAUGCAUUAAUGUGCGUGGAGCGUUCAAGUGACAUGUUUUUUACGCAGUGAAUGUGCUGAGCUCCAAAUCAGGUUGAACCUGCCACAAUGUCUCAUGCACAAGUAGAGAUACCAGGACGCGGGUUCCCGGGGCUCUCCGUGGAUAUGACCGACGACUGUUUGUCCCGAGUCCCAUCCGUGCUGAGGACGCACGGGCUGGGCGCACGGAGGAACUCCUACGGCCUGCAGAAAAUUAGUAUGGACAUUGAUUCUCCCCUAUACAGCGGUGUACUUUCCAAAGCCUUAUCGUGGUCGGCAGAAAAUAUUCUCUCUCUGCCCGAGUCCAGAGCAGAGGAAGAAAAAACAGACGACACCCCGCCGUCCGCGUCUCCGGUUUCCAGCUCCAGCACGUGCCGCCAGGACCCCGACGCCGGGUCCGUCGGUGGCAACUGGAAACCUGUUGCCAGAUCCACUCCUCAAGAUCCCAGCUCGGACUCUGAAAACGAACUUCAUAAUAAACAGCAAAAGAUUCUGUCUCGCAUCACGUUUGACACUCAGUGGGAGCAGGAAGAAAAGGAGGACGUGGAGACUAAAGCGGUGGCAACAUCUCCUGAUGGAAGAUAUCUCAAAUUCAACAUAGAGAUUGGAAGGGGGUCUUUCAAGACGGUCUAUAAAGGGCUGGACACAGAGACUACAGUGGAGGUGGCAUGGUGUGAGCUACAGACUCGCAAGUUAACCAAGGCAGAGCGUCAGCGUUUCAGCGAGGAGGUGGAGAUGCUAAAAGGUCUGCAGCAUCCGAACAUUGUGCGCUUCCACGACUCCUGGAAGUCGACAAUGAAGGGCCAUAAGUGCAUCAUCCUGGUGACUGAACUCAUGACCUCAGGCACGCUCAAGACGUACUUGAAGAGGUUCAAAGAGAUGAAGCUGAAGCUGCUCCAGCGCUGGAGUCGUCAGAUCCUGAAAGGGCUGCACUUCCUGCACACACGCACUCCUCCCAUCAUCCACCGGGAUCUCAAAUGUGAUAAUAUCUUCAUCACUGGCCCCACAGGCUCUGUCAAGAUUGGAGAUCUGGGGCUGGCCACUCUCAAAAGUGCCUCUUUUGCUAAAAGUGUCAUUGGAACACCUGAGUUUAUGGCCCCAGAGAUGUACGAGGAGAAAUAUGAUGAAGCGGUGGACGUCUACGCCUUAGGAAUGUGCAUCCUGGAGAUGGCCACAUCUGAGUACCCAUAUUCUGAGUGCCAAAAUGCCGCCCAGAUCUACCGCAAAGUCACCAGUGGCAUUAAACCUGACAGCUUCUAUAAAGUCAAAGUCCCAGAACUUAAGGAGAUCAUUGAGGGCUGCAUCCGUAUGAACAAAGAUGAAAGGUACACCAUUCAGGACCUUCUGGAUCACCCCUUCUUCCAGGAAAACAAUGGCGUACAUGUGGAGUUGGCAGAGGAGGAUGACAUGGUGAAGUCAGGCCUGAAGCUGUGGCUGCGCAUGGACGACACCAAGAAGCUCCACGGGAAGUACAAGGACAACAACGCCAUCGAGUUCCUCUUCGAGCUCUACAAAGAUGUGCCUGAGGAGGUGGCACAGGAAAUGGUUGUGCUUGGCUUUGUGUGUGAAGCAGACUUCAAACUAGUAGCGAAGGCUAUACGCGACCGAGUGACGAUCAUCAAGCGUCAGAGAGAGAAACUGAGGCGGCAGGCCGAGGAGAGGAAGAAGAAGCAGGCGCAAGAAGCCAUAGAAGAAGAACCAGAGCACCAGGCCGCUUCGCCCAAGGUCAACGAUGUUGUUGCAGCAGAUUCCCCCAUCCCUUUGACGCCAUUGACACCAUUGGCCCCAGUUUUGUCCCCCGUCACCAGCUCUGUGGACUCUGGCGUCAGCACCCACUACCCUGCAGAGCCAGAGGAGCCCGAAGUUGACCAGCACUUUCAAGUUCGCCACAACAGCCUGUCUUCUGCUAACUCUGACUGCGAGACGGACGGCUAUCUGAGCCCCUCUGGUCUUCAGGAUCCGCUGGAGGCCGGCAACGUCGGCAUGCCUGCGAACUCUCCCACCACACAUCCCAACCCCCCCGCCGUAAACGGUAUCUCCCUCCGCUUCCCCUCGAGUAUUGCUGUCUCCAACAACAUAGAACACGGCAGUUCAAGGCCUACGAGUGGCUUCAACUCCCCCGUGGAGAGCUACGCGUCUGAUGUGACUUCAAGCCUGAGCGACGGCUACGAGGGCCUAUCGGAGAAGAACGAGAAAUCGGUGGCGAGACGAACGGCUGCGAAGCUGUUCAGGAGGAGGGCGCGCUCGAGGCUUCGCAUCAUCGGGCUCUCUGAUAAAGUGGACCGGGUGGUGGAGUGCCAGCUGCAGACGCACAAUGACAAGAUGGUGACCUUCAAGUUCGACCUGGAUGGAGAUAACCCAGAAGACAUUGCUGCUGUCAUGGUGCACAACGAGUUCAUCUUGCCAUCAGAGAAGGAGGGCUUUAUCUACCGCUUGGGUGACAUCAUCAAACGAGCCGAGGCACUGUUUGCCAAACAACAGCCGGUCCACUCCACUGGGCACCGACUUGCCCAGCCUGCAUUGCACGGAGGGAUUAGCUCACUGUCGUCCUCACAGCCUAAUCUGCACAAUCACGCCCUGCCUCGAACACACUCGUCCUCUUCUCUGCCUGACUGCAGUGUGGCUAAACCGAGUGCAGGGGUACGUGGCUUGCCCCCAUGUCCCAAUGGAGAGGUCUCCAGUGCAGACAUUACUUCACCUGUGCGACCUCUAAUACGCUCACAGUCUUUCCACAACGCCCCAGGUUCUCCUCUUCAUAAUCAGCACCAUCACCGCCCUACAUCUCUCCUGCCUAAUCACCAGCAAUACCACUUGCCCUUUAUGAACCACACCCACUUUCCAUUCCCAUAUCCAGGGUCUCCUGGUUCACCCAAGCCAGCCGGGAUCCAUCCUCCCCUCACACGUGUAGCCAGUAACCCCACCUUCCCCUCUGUUCCCUCCCCAACCCCAAACUCGCCGAGUCCUGUGAGUGAGACCCCAAGUCCUGUCAACACGGAAUUUGUUAACAUACCCCCUCCUGCCCUUCAAACUCCCACCAUGUGGCCCCCCCACUCGCAGCCCCUUUUUUCCUUAGCCAAUGUAAUUUCCAUGGCAAUGAGCAUGGCUCAGUCUUUUAUCCCUCCUGCAGGCCUUCCCACCCAAGGGCUGCCCUCAUAUCCAAGCUUUCUCCCCCACCUACACAGUCAUAUGGCUCCACAGCCAGGUUACCCCUCUGUCUACCCUCAACCUUACCAGACUUCACCAGUAGAGGCCUCUUACCCUGCAGGGGGGAUCCCAGUGCAGAACAAUGUCUACUACAGCCCCGAGCAUAUGCCUCAAAUGGAUGGAGCUAAUUUAACUCACAGCAAUCCUCCACAGUGGCCCCAUCCUGCCCCCCCACCAUCCAUGGCUUCCACUCCUCCUCCACCUCCUCCUGCACAGCAGGUUGGACUCACCGGUUCCCCCAGCCGGACCCAGGAAAGGAGUCACAUGCCCCCAACCUCAGCCCAAGCUCCAGCUCCAGCUAAACCCAGACCAGAGGUCUCCAGUUCGAAUUCAAGUUCAAGCUCAUCAGAUCUUUCACCAUCACCCCCAGAGAGCCCAGAAAACACUUUAUCAUCUUUCAACAGCCGGUUGCACCCUGCUGUGCCAGCGAAGAAUACAAGUACCCCCAAACCAAAAGCUUCUUCCCCCAAAUCUGAAGUUCAGUCUGCAUCAGUGACUGUUGGACGAUUCCAGGUGACGCCCAGCAUGGACAUCCCUUUGCCUGAUGCGCCUGCACCUGCAGCCCCCAAGCCCGCAGAGAACGGCAGCAGCCAGUCGGAGAGCAGCACAGAGGAGCAGGGUGAGUCUGAGGCGAGCCUGGCCACCUCCUUCACAAUGACCCCUCCUCACCCACAACCCCGCAAAGGUUCUUCGGGAGUCCAACAGGAGGCUGACGGGCAGGCUGGAUGGGCAGUGAGCCAGGAGCAGCAGCAGCAGGAAGAGGAAGAUGAAGAUGAGGAAGAGGUUAUCGGGGAACAGCCAAGGGGGAGGAGGAGAAGCCGUCGAAGGGCAUACAGCCUGAGCCUGUUGGGAACGUCUGCAGACAGUGGGCUCUCUGUGACGGCUGCUGAUACAGAGGGGAGGCUGUGGGACGGAGCAGCGGACAGUCCACAGUACACCAAUGCCCUUCACAAUUUAUGGAUGAUGACUUAUAACCGCAGUGCUCCCUACCUAAGCAGUGAUGACUCAGACAGUGAAGAUGAGGACAUGCUGGAAGAGCUUCAGGAGCUCAGAGAGAAACAUCUGGCAGAAGUUCUGGCCCUGCAGGCUGCCCAGAAAAGAGAAAUUGAAGAACUAUAUAAGAAGAUGGGAAAGGUCCCCCCUCCGGGCAUCGUCUCUCCUGCUGCUAUGUUGUCCAGCCGACAGCGCCGCCUCUCCAAAGGAAACGGUUUUCCUUCGUCUCGCAGGAACAGCCUUCAGCGACUGGAGAUGUUACCGCUUCAAGGUAUCAUUAGGAGAAACUCUCUUGGAGGCAGCAGCAGUGGCUCGCAGGACAAACCUUUUAAAGGCGUCACUUUUGCCACAGACCUAAGUAGAAUGUAACAAACUCCAAGCCAAGCACGCCGUUAUCUGGACUACCUCAUCUGAAGUGUGACUGCAGUGGUCAAACCUGUCCUGUAGGAGGAUCGCUUUAACCCUGGCACACCUAUCUGCAAACUGCUCCCUGUCCGCCCAUGGCCACUUACCUCAAAUGUAUAGAAACUCAUCACCAGUGGAGCUGGAUUUACACAGGAAGUGUAACCUCCAGAUUUCAGCCCAUUAUCUCGACCUGGUGAACUUGUUGCAGCUGAAGCACAGAAUAGCAGCCAAGUGACACGUUCGUGUCUGCUCUUUGUAAAUAAACUGUCAGAUCCCAACGGUUCGGACGUAACCACCUUCAUUCCAGGCUGCCGCAGUGCUCUGCACAGUGUCACAUCACGACAUUAUUUUUAUCUUUUUGCCUGAACGCAGUCAAGCGGCGGUAUGCCGUGCCGCAGCUGCCGAGUUGCAGCACUUUACCACGAUUUUGACGCAGAACGACAACAGUUGCUGUUUUCCUGCUUGUCUGACUCGCUGCUGUUAACCUAGUCUGGAGCACAGAAAUGUGAACAGUGAGACUGACACACACACACACUGACAGCUAUUACACACCUCACUCGCUGUAGUUUGGUAAAGAUGUCUCAGCAGCUGCACAGUGAACAUACUUUUUUUUUUGCUAGAACUGUGAUCAAUGCCUUCCAGGGGCUUCAUUCAGUUAUUUGUUGUAGUCUUUAUCUGGCUUCCUUUAGUGAUUUGGACACCUAUGUUUUCUCUAGACUCAGCUUGAAGACGUUUGACCGCAAUUUUCAGAUGUAGUGAAGGUGAUUUUUUUUUUUUCUCCAUUGGACAGCUGUGUAGUAAGAUAUCGUGUCCCAACAGGUGAGAAAUGUUGUACGAUUCUUCAGCAAAAGGCAAAUUUAGUUUUAAACACAUGGGCAGAAGUUCAGUUAAAUGGUGCACAAGUGUAAAAAUGUUACAUCACUUUCAAAAUCUGGUAGCUGGUUUUAAAAAAGGGGGGAAAGGAUGGUGAGAAAAUCCACCUAGACUUUAUACUACUGAAUUCCUGUUAACUGUACAUGUGUAUAUAACGGAAUUCAUUUAUAGAUCAUGUUUACAAUUUAGGAGCAAAUUAAAUACUUCAUCUAUCUUAAUCCUUUCUCAAACAAAAGUCUGAUUGUUGCUUAUUCCAGAGAUCAAGCACAUUGUGCACUUUAAGUCCACUUGUAGUUCUGUCAUUUAACACAGUUGUGUGUAAAACUAUUCACUCAAGCGAGAGCUAACGAGUUUUCCUGUCAUUUUUCCCCCCAUAGAUGAUAAUCUCCCGUUUCAUGUUUGAUCACAGACGUGAUGAUCUACCCACCCAUGGUUUUAAACAAUGUCUAUUUUUGUGGGGUGUAGAGGAAUCAGUCAAAGCUGUGAAUCUGUAGCUGUUGCCUUAAAAUAUUCCCAUCACACACUGAAUUUCUUGGCACCUAAACUCCCAAAUCUUAAUAUAUUAAAGGAAAUAAAGUUUCUAGUUCAGAUUUGAAUGUAAAUAUAUAAUUGUAUUGCUUCCUGAAGCUGCUGUCCUGCCAUGCUGAAUCUGUGCCUUUCCCUAACAAUGUCUUAUUUGCUCUUGAGAUUUGGUGGCUAGAUCCAAUUCCAUAUAUUAAAUUUUGAUGAAAAUAAAUGCGAUCCUAAGUA